ACAAGAGGAGGAGAAGGUGGGACACGGGCUUCACUGACCGGAUGACAUUCAAACACUGUUUGGCAGGACAAGCCUCAGAGAUAGACAGAGAGAAAGGAAGAGUGAGACGUGUCUGGGACAGCCCAGGAGGGACACCUGAGCCCUGAAGAGACACCUCAGCACCUCAAGGGAGACGGAGUCUGUGGAACACCCGACAACAACCUGCUGUCGCUCCUCCUCUCUUCGCAACCAGCUCUCAUCUCCCUCUCCUCCUCCUCCAUCCUCACUCCCUCUCUCAUAUGAUCCCAUCCUUCACUCCCUGCUCCAGAGAGAGAGAGUGUGCACCAAGAGAAGAGCCUGGGAGAGUUCCAAGACGCGGUGACUUAGGAAAGUCAAAAGAGUGAAAGAGACAGAAGUCAGGAACAGGCCAUGGCCCUGACGUCGCUGUCCUGGUGUCUCUGUGCAGCUUUGGCACUGUUGUGUGGCUCCUCAUGGCCCCAGGUUCACACAGCUCUGGCACCGGAGAAUGAGGUACCACUCCGACCCACUACAUGGUUACCAGAAGGAAAGAUCACCUCUAUAACUCUGCCCAAAGGACGCACUCGCAGGCUCUACUUCACACUGAGGAAAAAGGCUCCGGCAAUGUCGGUGACCGUCAGCCCCUGUGACCAGCCCGUCGAAUGGAGCCUGGCCGCCCGCACUUUAAAGGACAAACCGCUCAAAAGCCUGCAAUGGAGUAGUAAAAAGAGUACGCCUGAAGUGUGGUGGCAAGGUCCUGGGACUGAGGAGAAACUACACAGCUUCGCUGGCAGUGCAGUAAACACCUACGCGGGUCCUUCCUAUCCACAUGCUUCCAUCUACAUCCUGAGGCUGCGCUCCAAACAGCACAACACCAGAGCGACAGUAUUGCUCCAUGAAGGCCCGGGGCCCUCAGGCACCUUUCCUCGGCUCCCACCUGACCCUCAAGUUCACACUUUAGGUGUCGGCAUGACCAGUGUCACUCUCAGCUGGGUGCCCAGUGCCUCCAUCACCAGCCUCCCCCAGUCACAGAAGACUUACGACUACUGUGUCCUCGUCAACUCGCAGCAAAACUUCCCCAGCCUCUGUGCGGCCCGAGAGAGCAUGAGGAGAGAGAAACACCAGAAACAAGAGAAGAAGGAGAGGAGAGUGACAGUGUGGCCGAUUUUGAACGACUGGUGGUGGCAGCAGUGGGAUGUUUAUCCUGAAAGUCCAACCUCCUCCCUCGCUGAUGAGUACGCUGAUCUCCAGUGCACAUGUCAGGGGACCGAGAGUGUCUGCACCGUCUCCGAGCUCCUACCCGAAACCCUGUAUUACGUUGACGUCUUUGUGGUCGACCGGCUGAACGGGACCAGCAUGGCGUACAAGGGGACCUUUGCGCGGACGCACGAGGAGGCUCGGCCGGCGAUUACCACGUUAAGAGAAGGGGAGCUGAGGUGGGUGACCUUCAACGACAGGGGCUCCAACUCAGAGCAGUUCUUCACUUUCCGUCCUCGCGGUUGGCAGCAGAGUGGCCUCCUUACCCUGCAGAGCUGUGGAGUGGGUGAAAAAGUCAAGGCCACUGUAUCCAGUAAAGGCCAUGUUUUGACAUCCCAGGAUGUGGGAGGAGAUAUCUCGCACAUUUGGCUCCAGGGAAGUCCUUCUUAUCUUAUUCACUUGAAGAGAGAAGGGACUUCCUCAAAAGGUUCCGUCAAGAUGCAGACCUCUUCAGCCUACCACCGCAAAGGAGUCCCAUCUCUGCCUUCCACCUUGCAGAUCAAGUCCUUCAACCGGUUGCGCAGUUGCAACAGUGUCACGUUGGCCUGGAUGGGCACAGAAGAAAGAAGCCUGUACUGCGUGUACAGCAGGAAGUUGGGAAACCGUGAAGCGGAGGCUGGAGGAGAGUCGGCUCUAACUGCUCCCUGCCUGGGGCCAGAAUCCCGUUCUGACACUGAGAGGGUUCUCUGCAAGUAUUUCCAGGAGUUGAAUCCUCGACGGGCCGUCACAACAGCUGUGAUCGGGGGCCUGGAGCCAGGGAUAGCCUAUGUGUUUGAUGUCUAUCUAAUGAGACGCUGGGGGAUCCCUAUCAAGUACGCCAGCAAGAUGGUAAAGACCAGAAAGGAAUGCUGAGCUGCUGCCCCCUGUAGGAGGGUUUUUUAAUGUCCCUGCAUUGGGGGGGAAAUGCCAUGGACAUGCUGACCAUGACAAUAAAGCCAUGUGACUGUUGUGGAGAGACUGUUGCCAUAACAAAAGGAAAUCUUCCCCAGAGUUGAAGAGGUCAUGUUGAAAUCCCACUCACACUGUCUGUGCGCGUGGAUGUAAAUGGUGGAUGGAGGAUCCGCACACCAGCAAAAGUUCAUACCAUUGACAAUGCAGCGCUCGUGUUUUUGUCAUUUUCAUGGUUUUUUUUUUCAGUGUUGGUCAUGAUAAUGAUGUGCCAGUUGUCCAAGUGCUUACUCUGUGUCUGAGUACAAAGGACAGAUGAGGUUUGUGAUGACAGAAAUUUCAAAAACAACAACAGAGACCGUGCCAAAUAUGCAACAGAAACAGAUGGGGCAAUAAUUGGAUAACAUCUGAG